AUGGUCCAACCGUCUAGCGUGGUAGUAUCACCAGCCGAAGACUUUACAAGGUGUAUCCUUUGCGGAUGUCCAACAGACACAGCAUUCCCCGUCUGGCUGGACGUCGUGCGAGUCCGUAAGCCUUCCCCCACCCCUUCGAUGGACCGCCUACUUAUGCAGACAGUGUAUGCCCGGCGCGGAAAAGUCAAGCUAUCAGACAUAUUCACAAAGCAUCACAGCUCCACGUUGAACGUGCGGCCAGACCGGUCCAUUGACUGGAGGCAGACGGAUACCAACCAGCCGUCGCGAGAUGAUAAAAGUCCUCGGUAUCCAGGUGGAUCGUACUUUAUUCUGCAUGAGCAGUGCUGGCAGUACGCCUGGGGAUACUUUAGCCAGAUCAGCGUGGAAACACUCUACGAUGUGCUGAGAAGCGUUCCGCCGCCGAGAGAGCCUUCCUACGCAGACCCAAAUGACUACUAUCCUUGUCUUCCUCCUUCUCUGUCAGAGAUCGUCAAGUACGCAAGACCCAUGCCCAUGCCCUCCGCAACCGUCACGGCCAGGAAAGAUAUGGAUAUAGAUCAUGAUCCCUUCCGACGCCUCCCGAUCGAGCUCCGCUCAAACAUCGCGAUCCAGCUGGACACGGGCACCUUUUUCAAUCUCCGCUACGCGUCUCGCGCGAUGUCCGUUCUUUUCCACGAUAACGGUUUCUGGAGGUCGCGAAUGGGAUGGGAUGAUGAGACACGACAGGUCGACUGGCGACAGCUGUACCAUGCCACCUCAGAUAUCGGGGCCAAGCUGGACACAACAAUGAGAGUCCGGGAAGUAGUGCAUUGGAUCGAGGAUAUGAUCAAUGCAGACAAAGGGCUAAAUGCACCGCCGCUGGGGUUCUAUGGGAGGGCAUCGCAAAGUUACCACAACGACAUCUGGUACACAUUGUCGACAGCCGGAAAAGGGAAACGCAUCGAGUCUGCCGACAUACUCGUUUCCGUGGAUACUGUCGGGAUCUCCAUGGUUUCGGGGUCGAAAGUAUACGAACAGGAAUCGUCAUCAUCAUGGCCGGGGCCGCACACAGAGGCCGCCACCGAGAUCGUUGCCUUGGAGUUUAUCAAUAAAAGCGGGCGCAGCGUGGUCCUUGGGAAAAAGAUCCGCCAGGCAACGCAGCUAUCUUCUAAAGAGCUGGUCGCCGAGGUAUCAAAGUAUGAACGGGAUAAGCGGUAUCAUCGGCAGUCUAGAUGCCCGUAUGAUGGGCGAGGCGUCCACGUGCGGUGCGAUGCGAGAUUCUUCCGGGGAUUCCGCAUGAGAUAUACCUCAGAUGGGAUCCAUUCUGUAGGUGUAAUCCAGGAAACGGCAAGGAAUGCCACGGUUGCAACGCCCCUGCUCCAUGGGUAUACUGCUCGCCAUGCCCUCGAGUAUGACAUGGCUUUGGACUACGUGGAUACUAUCGUUGCUACGUUUGACGGCGGCAAGCUGGUGGACUUAGGGUUAAGGGGAUCUGGUUGGCGAGUACCCCUGGAUGGCCGUGCACCAAGUGUUGAUGGGUGGGAUGUGGAUGUUCUACGAUAUGGCACGAAAAUAAAGAAUAGAACUGUAUGA